GCUCAUUUGCCCAGCGGCUCCUCCCAGGCUCAAAGUAGCGGAGGCCGUCGUUGGCAUCCUGGUUUUUCGAGUCGAUACCGAGCCUCUCACUUUCUCUCGCUCUCUAUUUUAUUAUUCCCCCCCCCCAAAUUCUACGUUUGGUGGACAUUCUGCAAGAAAACCAGAGGUCACGAUGGAUCCAGAAGGAGGCAGCAAUGACAAAACACAAGAACAGAACUUAAUGAAAACGAACCCCAAAAGUAAAAAAGAUGAGAAGAAAGAAAAAAGACCAAAUGUCAGUGUAUUUGCAAUGUUUCGUUAUUCAAAUUGGCUUGAUAGGUUAUAUAUGGUGUUGGGAACUGUGGCUGCCAUCAUCCAUGGAGCUUCACUCCCUCUAACUAUGCUGAUUUUUGGAAAAAUGACAGAUACCUUUGCAGAGGCAGGAAGACCACCCAACACAGCUUUUCCAACUUUUCCAACUGGAACUUAUCCAAAUGGAACUUUUCCAACUAUAACGUAUCCCAACAUAUCUAGGGAAGAUGCACUCAAGGACCUGGAAAAGAAGAUGACCACGUAUGCCUAUUAUUACAGUGGAAUUGGUGCUGGUGUGCUUGUUGCUGCUUACAUUCAGGUUUCAUUCUGGUGCCUAGCAGCUGGAAGGCAAAUAUUCAAAAUUAGAAAACAAUUUUUUCAUGCUAUAAUGCGACAGGAAAUAGGCUGGUUUGACAUGCAUGAUGUCGGAGAGCUAAACACACGGCUCACAGACGAUGUCUCCAAAAUUAAUGAAGGAAUUGGUGACAAAAUUGGAAUGCUAUUUCAGUCAUUAGCAACAUUUUUCACUGGCUUUAUAGUAGGAUUUACAUGUGGUUGGAAACUAACCCUUGUGAUUUUGGCCAUCAGUCCUGUUCUUGGAGCAUCAGCUGCUGCUUGGGCAAAGAUACUCUCUUCAUUUACUGACAAAGAACUCUUGGCAUAUGCCAAAGCUGGAGCAGUAGCCGAAGAGGUCUUAGCAGCAAUUAGAACUGUGAUUGCAUUUGGAGGACAAAAGAAAGAACUUGCAAGAUACAAUGAAAAUUUGGAAGAAGCUAAAAGAAUUGGGAUAAAGAAAGCCAUCACAGCCAACAUUUCAAUGGGUGCUGCUUUCUUGUUGAUCUAUGCAUCGUAUGCUCUGGCUUUCUGGUAUGGUACAACUUUGGUCCUCUCAGGAGAGUAUUCAAUUGGAGAAGUACUCACUGUCUUCUUUUCUGUGUUAAUUGGGGCUUUUAGUAUUGGACAGGCAUCUCCAAGCAUUGAAGCAUUUGCAAAUGCAAGAGGAGCAGCUUUUGAAAUCUUCAAGAUAAUUGAUAAUAAACCGAGCAUUGAUAGCUAUUCGAAAAGUGGACACAAACCAGAUACUAUUAAGGGAAACUUGGAAUUCAGAAAUGUUCACUUUAGUUACCCAUCUCGUAAAGAAGUCAAGAUCUUAAAGGGCCUCAACCUGAAGGUUCAGAACGGACAGACAGUGGCCCUGGUUGGGAACAGUGGAUGUGGGAAAAGCACAACGGUCCAGCUGAUGCAGAGGCUCUAUGACCCCAGUGAGGGCACGGUCAGUGUUGAUGGGCAGGACAUUCGGACCAUAAAUGUCAGGUAUCUGCGGGAAAUUAUUGGCGUGGUGAGUCAGGAACCUGUGCUGUUUGCUACUACAAUAGCUGAGAAUAUUCGCUAUGGCUGUGAAAAUGUCACUAUGGAUGAAAUUGAGAAAGCUGUCAAGGAAGCCAAUGCAUAUGACUUUAUCAUGAAACUGCCCAAUAAAUUUGACACCCUGGUUGGGGAAAGAGGGGCUCAGCUGAGUGGGGGACAGAAACAGAGAAUUGCCAUUGCAAGAGCCCUAGUUCGCAACCCCAAGAUCCUCCUGCUGGAUGAAGCAACAUCAGCUUUGGACACGGAAAGUGAAGCAGUGGUUCAGGUGGCCCUGGAUAAGGCUAGUAAAGGUCGGACCACCAUUGUGAUAGCUCAUCGUUUGUCUACAGUUCGUAAUGCUGAUGUCAUUGCUGGAUUUGAAAACGGAGUCAUUGUAGAGCAAGGGAAUCAUGAUGAACUCAUGCAGAAGAAAGGCAUUUAUUUUAAACUUGUCACAAUGCAGACAAAAGGAAAUGAAAUUGAAUUAGGAAGUGCAACUGAUGAAUCUAAAAGUGAAACUGAUGUCUUAGAAAUGUCUCCAAAUGAAUCAGGAUCUAGUCUAAUAAGAAGAAAAUCAACUCGCAAAAGUGUCAAAGCACCACAAGGCCAAGAUACAAAGCUUAGUACACCAGAGGACUUGGAUAAAAAUGUACCUCCAGUGUCCUUUUGGAGGAUUCUGAAGCUGAAUAUAACAGAGUGGCCUUAUUUUGUGGUUGGCAUAUUUAGUGCCAUUAUAAAUGGAGGCAUGCAACCAGCGUUUUCAGUAAUAUUUUCAAGAAUUAUAGGUGUUUUUACCAGAAAUGAAGACCCAGAGACAAAACGACAGAAUAGUAACAUGUUUUCACUAUUGUUUCUAGUCCUUGGAAUUAUUUCUUUUAUUACAUUUUUCCUUCAGGGCUUUACAUUUGGAAAAGCUGGAGAGAUACUCACCAAGCGACUCCGAUACAUGGUUUUCAAGUCCAUGCUAAGACAAGAUGUGAGUUGGUUUGAUGACCCUAAAAAUACCACUGGAGCACUAACUACCAGACUUGCCACUGAUGCUGCUCAAGUUAAAGGGGCUACAGGUGCCAGACUUGCUGUAAUUGCCCAGAACAUAGCAAAUCUUGGGACAGGCAUUGUUAUCUCUUUAAUCUAUGGCUGGCAGCUAACACUUUUACUCUUGGCAAUUGUACCCAUCAUUGCAAUAGCAGGAGUUGUUGAAAUGAAAAUGUUGUCUGGACAAGCACUGAAAGAUAAGAAAGAACUAGAAGGUGCUGGAAAGAUUGCUACUGAAGCAAUAGAAAAUUUUCGAACUGUUGUUUCUCUGACUCGGGAGCAAAAAUUUGAAUAUGUGUAUGCACAGAAUUUACUAGUACCAUACAGAAACUCUUUGAGGAAAGCCCACAUCUUUGGAAUCACGUUUUCCUUCACCCAAGCCAUGAUGUAUUUUUCCUAUGCUGGUUGUUUCCGGUUUGGUGCCUACUUGGUAGCAAGGCAGAUAAUGGAUUUUCAGGAUGUCUUGUUGGUAUUCUCAGCUAUUGUCUUUGGUGCCAUGGCAGUGGGACAAGUGAGCUCAUUUGCUCCUGAUUAUGCUAAAGCAAAAAUAUCAGCAGCCCAUAUCAUCAUGAUGAUUGAAAAAAUUCCUUUGAUUGACAGCUAUAGCUCUGAAGGCCUUCAGCCAGAAACACUGGAAGGAAAUGUGACAUUUAAUGAAGUCAUGUUCAAUUAUCCUACUCGACCAGACAUUCCAGUGCUUCAAGGGAUGAGCCUUGAAGUGAAGAAAGGCCAAACCCUGGCCCUGGUGGGCCCCAGUGGCUGUGGGAAGAGCACAGUGGUCCAGCUCCUUGAGAGGUUCUAUGACCCCUUGUCUGGGACAGUGCUUAUUGAUGGCAAAGAAAUCCAGCACUUGAAUGUCCAGUGGCUCCGAGCACACCUAGGCAUCGUGUCCCAGGAGCCCAUUCUGUUUGACUGCAGCAUUAGUGAGAACAUUGCCUAUGGAGACAACAGCCGCACUGUAUCACAGGAAGAGAUUGAGCAGGCAGCCAAGGAGGCCAACAUACACCCCUUCAUUGAGACCUUACCUGAUAAAUACAACACCAGAGUAGGAGACAAAGGCACUCAGCUCUCUGGUGGCCAGAAACAGCGCAUUGCCAUUGCACGGGCACUUGUUAGACAUCCUCAUAUUUUGCUUUUGGAUGAGGCUACAUCAGCUCUGGAUACAGAGAGUGAAAAGGUUGUCCAAGAAGCCCUGGACAAAGCCAGAGAAGGCCGCACCUGCAUAGUGAUCGCGCACCGCCUGUCCACCAUCCAGAAUGCAGACCUGAUAGUGGUGUUUCAAAAUGGCAAAGUCAAGGAGCACGGCACACACCAACAACUGCUGGCACAGAAAGGCAUCUACUAUUCCAUGGUCAGUGUUCAGGCAGGAGCAAAACGCUAGUGUACUCUGAUCAUAUAUUUUUAUGUAUUUGUUUAAAAUAUGACAUUUAAACAAUGUGAAAAGGCAAGUGCUUACUGGAGAAAAUAAUCAGAGUUGCCUGUCUAACAUUUAUUGGUAUAACUGAAGAUCGUCCCACCAAGUUCAGAGGCUGUAUAAUUAAAGGAGCAGAAAGAAGCAUCACCAAAAGAAGUAAUAGAAUGUUUCUAAUUGUAUUAUAAAAUUUAUAGGGUAAUUCAAAGUAGGCUUUGUUGAUAAAAUGUGUCCUUUUUGUUUAUAUUUUCUUAUUUGGUCAGUAACUGUGAUGGCAUUGCUAAAAAAUUACAGAAAUAACAAAAAGUACUGUGUGUUUGCCUUAAAGUGCCUAUAGUAAAACUACACUUGUAUAUGACAGUAAUCAUCUUGUCUACAAUUCCUAAAUAUAUCCUCUCUCAACUAGAAUAUUGCCUAUUAUUUCUUGAGCCUGAUCAUGCUGAUUCUUGCAUUACCAUGUUAUGGAGGCUUUCAAAGUGACUAUUGAAUCAAACAAUAUUUGAUUAUUGGGGUGGGGCCGAGCAUGUACAAUUAUGAAGUAUAUACUCUAAUGUAUAGUAAGUAUCUUACAUUUUUGAAGGGCAUUAUAGGACAUUGAUGCUGUACACUUUAAAAAAAUACAUGACUCUCUUUUUUGUUAAUAAACCACUUUUCAGUAUUCAAACUCUUCCAAA